ACCUCCGUGGGCUGUAAAUACAACCGGAGCUUCGGGGAAAUGAAAUGAGUGAGUGAUUAUUUACCAGUCGUUCAUAUUAUAUUUAAUAACUAUAGCUGUCAUUUCGAUUUAUUGCUAUUCAUGUAUUUUUUCCACACCUGCUUUUAAUUCGCUGGAUGUUAUCUCAAGAAGGACUUUUACUCUGAGCUCACGUGGUUUGUGUACAAUCUGAAGUAAUGGCCGUGCACAUGCCUUUAGCUCGACUCCUGCUCGUGCACAGGCUGCUGCGGACGAGCACAUCCGGUCAACUGCGCCUCCGCAGCAGCGACGUGCUCCGCGAAUGUAGGAGGGGGGCGAGGACUCUCUCAACGUUUCCCGUGAGAAGGAGCGAGAGCCAGGGCGACGGCAGCGACCCCUCCCCCCUAGGGGGGCUCCGUCGCCUGCUGCCCCAGGACGCUCUGUUCCCCGAGGUGUCGCAGCUGAGGGACCCGGAAGAAGACGCGAGCGUUGCGGGGUCGGACGCGCACGGCGAGGACGCGCAUGUGGCAACCCGGGAAGAGGGCGACCGGCCGCCCGAGGCGAGCGCGCCGGCCGCGCUCCCCGGGGAGAGCUCGCUCGCGUUCGGGGAGCUGCUGGUCGCCGAGCACCACAAGAAGCGCCGGGUGGAGUUCAGGAAGAUGUUCGAGCUUCGGGCGGGGGCGCGCCUGCAGAGCAACUGGGGGGCGGUGGCGCACGAUGACGUGGCCGGGCGGCCCGCGGGGUGCUUCCUGAAGUCCAGCAGGGGCGUUCGCUUCCUGGUUCGCCGGGCCAGUCUGGAGGACUACGCGCUGUACAUGAAGAGGGGCCCGGCUAUCACCUACCCUAAGGACGCAAGCACAAUGCUCAUGAUGAUGGACGUCACAGAGGGAGACCGUGUGCUGGAGUCCGGCUCUGGGUCCGGAGCCAUGUCUCUGUUCCUGUCCAGAGCAGUCGGCUUUAAGGGCAGCGUGCUGAGCGUGGAAGUCAGGGAGGACCACCACAGGAGGGCGGUGCUCAACUACAAGCGCUGGAGGCAGUCGUGGAGCCUGCGGCGGGGCGAGGAGUGGCCCGACAACGUCCAGUUUCACAUCCAUGACCUCAGCGAGGCCUCGGCGCUCCUCGCCAAUCAGGGGUUCCACGCGGUGGCCCUCGACCUGAUCCACCCUCAACUGGUUCUGCCCACCGUGGUUCCGCAUCUGUACCCCGGGGCCGUGUGUGCCGUCUACCUCGCAAACAUCACACAGGUCAUCGACCUGCUGGAGGGGCUCCGGUGUCUGCGUCUGCCCCUGCUGUGCGAACGCAUCAUGGAGGUCCAGCUCCGAGACUGGGUGGUGGCCGCGGCCCUCCAGAAAGACGGGAGCCACUGCGUCAGGAAAGCUCCGGUCCUGGACCGGAGGGAGGAGGCCUCCGCCGACGGAGAGGAGACGAGCACAGAGGGACACCCGGCCUUCGGGAGUAUUCCCUACAUCGCCAGACCUCAUCCCGAACAGAUGAGCCACACAGCGUUCCUGGUGAAACUGAGGAAGUAUGUGCAGUAGACCUUUCAGCCCAGAAGGAACUGAGAGACGUAAAUUAUUAUUUGAUGAAUAAAAUGUUUCCUGUUUUAAAAGUG